CAACGGGGAAUAACAGCACUCAAGACUAAUGAUACGUCAACGUGCCAACUCUCAAUUUCCGCUGUGUUGUCAAUAAAUUUAUUCCUCUGCUCUUCAUCUUGCGCGCGUGUAAAAAUUUGGGUGAAAUAAGGUGCGAAAAUUUUCGGUGAGAAUAUGUCUGGCUACGCCGGGCCGGAAGAUUACUGGUCCCAACCACCCCAAGGACAAUAUAACUUUGACGCAUCGGGAGGCUUCGGCCAACCUAACCAACAAUUCGAGUUUCAAACAUACACCGAGCAACAAGCAGGCGAUUAUUCAAGUUUCAAUCAAAAGCCAUACUUGGAUCCGACUCAAAAUGCUUAUGGAGGUGACAUGUACGCUCAGGAUGAUUUCGCCAAAGGAACGCCUGGAUUCGACGAGGAAGAUGAACCCCCGCUUUUAGAAGAACUUGGCAUAGACCCUGACCGCAUAAUCCAGAAGACUCUGGCCGUUUUGAACCCAUUUCACAGACGAGGACAAACAGAUGAUGCAAACUACCUCCUUCAAGAUUCAGAUCUCGCUGGUCCGGUUGCAUUCUGUUUGGUACUAGCAGCAUUUUUGUUGCUUGCUGGAUCUAAAGCACAUUUUGGCUAUGUUUAUGGACUCGCCGUAACGUCGUGCUUAAUGAUGUAUGUCUUGCAAUCGCUGAUGAGCAGCACCGGGAAUAUAACACUGUCAUCGGUUGCAUCCGUUUUGGGAUAUUGUAUAUUACCUGUGGUUGGUCUGGCUGGGUUGAGCAUCUUCACUACAUUGCGAGGUCCGAUAGGAAUGGGUCUAGCCGCAUUUGCUGUAACUUGGGCCACUCUCUCAGCAUCCAGACUCUUUGCAGCCAUGUCCUGUGAAGAAAAGCAACGUCCAUUGAUCGCGUACCCCUGCAUACUCCUCUACGGAGUGUUUACCUUAAUAGUUAUUUUUUAGAUCAACGAAGAUUUAUAUUGAAUUACGGUUGCGAACAAAAAUUUACAUCAAAAUGAACGAUAAAUUGACCAAGCUUC